GGUCCCUGCAGAGAGGCUCAGUCCCCAGCUGGAGGCAGAGUGAGGACCAUGCCGUCUGAGGUUCGGGAAUAAAACCCACCGGCCGAGCCACCCGUUCUCCGCGGCCCCCGCCUCGCCUCCUCACCUCGGGGCUCGUCCUGCCGGCGAGCACGGGCUCAGAGCAAGGGGACGGACCGAGGGCCAUGUUGUCACACAGCGCCAUGGUGAGGCAGAGGAAGCAGCAAGCGUCCGCCAUCGCCAAGGAGGCCCACGGACACGACGUGGAUGGCAUGGACCUGGGCAAAAAGGUCAGCGUCCCCAGGGACAUCAUGCUGGAGGAGCUGUCCCAUCUCCACAACCGCGGGGCCCGGCUCUUCAAGAUGCGGCAGCGGCGGUCCGACAAGUACACGUUCGAGAACGUGCAGUACCAGUCGAAAGCGCAGAUGGAUUACAGCCUCGCCGUGCAGAACGGGAAGGUGGACGGCAGCCCCGCGGACGGUGGCUCGCAGCAAGCCCCAUUCACCCCUCCCAACAGCCCGGAUCCGAGGAGCCCCCCGAAUCCGGAAAGCAUCGCACCAGGAUAUUCUGGGCCACUGAAGGAAAUUCCUCCUGAGAGAUUCAACACCACAGCUGUCCCCAAGUACUACCAGUCACCCUGGGAGCAGGCCAUCGGCAGCGACCCGGAGCUGUUGGAGGCUCUGCACCCUAAACUGUUCAUGCCGGAAGGGAAGGCAGAACUGCCCGAUUACAGGAGCUUUAACAGAGUUGCCACCCCAUUUGGAGGUUUUGAAAAAGCAUCCAAAAUGGUUAAAUUCAAGGUUCCAGAUUUCGAGCUACUACUUCUAACGGAUUCCAGGUUCAUGGCCUUCGCAAACCCUCUUUCUGGCAGACGGUCCUUUAACAGGACUCCUAAGGGGUGGAUGUCAGAGAACAUCCCCAUAGUGGUCACCAGCGAGGCUGCAGAGGAUGCCGCCGCGCCGGAAUCGGAAGACCUGUGACUGGGGGGAAGUCCUCUGCGCCCCGGAGCCCCGAUGUUGCCAUUUCAUUGUGCUACUUCCCACACUCUUCAUCAGUAGCGAUAAUUUGAUAGAAAUUUAGCAGUUUUCCUUUGACAGCAUUUACUUUCCACCGCAGAUCCAAUACUAAUAAACAACCCAUGACUUGUGCAA